AUCAUCGCGUCGCUCUUCCAACUCUUUCUCUCCUUGCUCACGUCGAUUUGUCCUGGCUGCUCUCCCAUCUGCUUGAUACGCUUCUUGGUCACGUUCCCCAGGCCGCUUAUCCUCAAGCUGGGUAGCCGUUCAGUGAGAGACCUUUCCAACGCAGGGCAAGACAUUCAGUCCAACCAGCUGGCCCACCCUCAACAUCUCCAAAGCCCCCACGCGCCCUGCUGUCAGCGUACUUCGGGUAGCUUCGCCACUCUCUUGGUGCUGUACCCCGCAUUUUAGCAUGUUCCAGUAGCUUCAUCACCAACUUCCACGACGGAGCCAUGUUGAGCAGCACAAUCCUCCGCCAGUCCUCUUUGCGGCCUCGGCCCAAUGCUCAGGAUGCUUUGCUCAGCACCAGAGCUGUUCCUUUGGCUGCGGCGCGCCUCCAACAUCAAGCUCGCGGCUUCCGCUUUGGGAUAUGGACUGCCCAUGUCAAUCCAGCACUUCGCCGUGAGCUUCGUCGCCAGGAGAAGCUCAUGAGGCAGAAGUACACCGAUGCGAUGGCUCGUCAUAUGUCUUUCGACCAGACGCGAUAUCAUCUCGACACGAGAUCGGCUUUUAAGCGAAUCAUUAACGGCUGCUUUGGGCCAAACAAGGCAAGGUGGAGCUGGCAUUUUGCCAGUCAAGACGAGCCCACUGCCCGUCGAGCAUAUGCUUCAGCACAGUCGUGGCAUGGCAACCAGUACUCGGCCUCGCAAUCACGCCGAAAUGUUGAGCGAGAGGCAAACAAGGCUACCGGCAGUGCUCAAACACGGACGUAUACCGAUACUACGAGGACCGAGCCGAGCAAUAUCGAGCAGGACUACAUUAUUGACCCCAUCACCAAUCGUCGGGUCCCAAAGUCCAGCUACGGGACAUUCGAGACCCCCAUCCAGCCAACCGUCAGCUCGGCCGCGACAAACUUUGGGACUGAACCAUCACUCUUCCCAACCUCAGACGAAGCCAAACCCCACCAUUCGAACGGACCACCUCCAACAGAAGAACUGAACAAGUACAACAAUGUGACCAUUGAUUCUGCAGAGCCUGCAGACUUUGCUGAUUCUGGGCCCACACUCUUCACGUUUGACAGCACGGAGAACAGAUACUCGUUCACACCAUCUGCAAGCGAGGAAUACUCGCUGAAUCAUCUCUCUGCGGAGGAAGAGGACUUUCCGCUCCAAGAAGGCGAGCUCGACAAAUACAAAGCCGUCGUCGACGAAAUACAUGACGGCGAAGAAUCGCAGCAACCUUACGAUGACCUGAAGAAGUACAAGCCAGUGUUCAGCAAUGAGAGCACAGAAACAAAGGAGGUGCCGGCUUACGAAGAUCUGGGUGACUACAAGCCGUUUCUACACGAUGAAGGUCGGGAAGUCAAGACCACGCAAGCUUAUGAAGACCUUGGACAAUACCAGCCAUAUCUUCAUAACGAAGGGGCCCAGUCGAAAGACAGCCCAUCAUACGGUGAUCUGGACGGAUACAAGCCAUAUUUGCACAAUGAGGCGCUGUCAGCUGAACCAACUCAGCCUGCCUAUGAAGAUCUCGGAGAUUAUGGCCCGUACCAACACAACGAGGGCGUCGUCGACAGCUCUGAAACAGCACAGCAUGAUGAUCUUGACCAAUAUCAGCCCUACAUGUACAAGGAAACUGAACGAGAAGCUGAAGCCAUGGAGGACCCGCCUGCCGACGAUCUUGCACAGUAUCAGCCCAAGGUUUUUGAUGAUUUCCCAGACAUGUCUGUUUCACUCGAUGAGCCGUUCCAGCAAUACGGAGAUUUGGACAAGUACAAGGCUUUCCGCGACCAGGCCCUCGAGGGCGAGCCAGCCAUUGAGAAGGAUGUCGUUGCUGACUGCCUCGAUGAAUACGACUCGAAGCAAGAGGAUCAAGUCGUAGCAGCCGGGGAUGGGAUUGAUCUUGUCCACAAAAUGGGGGAUCUCAAUGUUGGACAAACCGAACCUGUAUGUGUUUUUGACUCCACCAUCCACGGAGUCUCUGCCGAGUCCCCCAAACGGGUUCCCGAUCACACCUCGACCAGCCAAGAAGAUGAUGUCUUCAACAGCCCAUACCACAUGUCUAGUAUGACCGGAAACUAUGUCCGAGACUUUCCCGAGCAGUUUGCGCAGUCAUGGACCGCCCCGAUGGCCCCAGAAAUCGACAGUGCAGCAGCCCAAGCCGAAGAACGGGCAUUUGCCGAAAGGUUAAAUGCAGCCUCGACCAUGCCGAUCUAUGCAUCAGGUCGAGAAAUGCCACCGAGCAAGCCAAGACUUGAGUCUGCACUGAAUCGUCGCAGCACGCGAAGAACAAACAAGGUGCAGCCGCGAAGACGGCCUAGGCUAGGUGCCGAUCUCGACUCGUACUCGGCUGAGCCACAAGGACUGGAGACUUCGUACGCGGAGGAAUGCCGAGAUCAGCCUAAGGGGCCUUCUUUUGUGCGCACAUAUGGCACACAGCGGCACCAAGAUGACCAAGCGCCCGCACAAGUCGCCGAGCCGCCAGUUCACAGAGCUCCCGAUGAUGGAAAGCCAUAUCACCGCGAUCCCGAAGUUGAUGGGCAGGGCUAUGUUGAUCCAGGCACAACCUCUGCCGCGCCGAAACCUGUGGAACCGACUAUCUACAAGGUGCUUGCCUACGAUGCGGGUACGCAGAACAUCAGCAUCGCCGAGACGACGUCCGACGUCCCUGAUCAGUCGUCGUCUUCAGCCCCUGCGGACAUUCUGCUCCGCCUCACGAACCCGAGCAGAUUCUUUCCCUACUUUGCACCUCUGCAGGCCGAAGGGUUUGAGAUAGUGUCAGGCGAUGGUGACGUUUUGGUUUUUCGCAAGGUCCGUGCGACGAUGCGGCGCGUGAACCCAAUUGACCUCAUGGGCACGCCAAUGGCUCUUCCCAAUGCGGCAGCCUUCGCGUCCCCAACUGGCUUCGUCAACUAUGAUAUACCCAGGGCAGACGAGGCCGAAACAGCGGAACAAGACGAUGCCAGCGGUGCCGGCCUGGCCGGAUCAACAGCUGCAGGAAAGCAGUCACCACCAGCACCAAGGAAGAAGAUGGGGUUUGGCAAGAAGGUACUCUUCGCGGGGACAUCUGCUCUGGGCCUUACGUAUGCUACGGGCGUGGUGGCAGAAUACUUUGCGAGGCCGAAUCCGCGGUCGGGGCGGUUCUGAUCGCGUAUGGAAAGGACGGACUUUUGACAAGGACAUGGUUAUCCGGGACACAUGCAUGUGGGAGGGCUUUGUGACAUUCAUUCGGCUUGGCGUUUGCUGGGGGAAAGAGCGUCGUCUCUGGCGCAAUGAUUUUAUUAUGAAUGGGACUUCUAUGCGUUGUACCUCUUUUCCUCUUGUUAUCAAGUUUACAUCUGGACGGUGACGAGUGUGAAGUAUGCGCAUUCGACUCCUACAUAACUCCUCUUCAUCAUCGCUGUUCCUGUACAGUAUUACCACAGCUCCGAAGCAAGUGCAUCUUCAUGACAAUACAGGAAAAUUCAACUCUGACGGCUGACCCGUCAUUCUCGCGCUUAUACUGGUGGCCCAGGUC